GCAAUCUAAGUGAAUAUAAACCUCUUUUUCAUUUCAGGGAUAUUCAGUUCCUAGUAAAAUCUCUCCAGCAACUCAAAUUAUACUUCUGCUUUUACCUGCUAAUGUUCUGACUAUUAGAAACAUUUUGAACAUACGAAAAACUUAAGGACUUCACUAAGUCUUGGAACAAUGGCUAUGGCAUCAACUGAGAAAGUUAUUCUUGGUUCUAUAGCCUUUGCUAUUUUUUGGGUAUUGGCAGUUUUUCCUGCUGUCCCAUUUUUGCCAAUUGGAAGGACAGCAGGUUCACUCCUCGGUGCUAUGCUUAUGGUCGUAUUUCGCGUCUUGACACCAGAUGAAGCAUAUGCUGCUAUUGAUCUUCCAAUUCUAGGCCUUUUAUUUGGAACAAUGGUUGUGAGCAUUUAUCUAGAAAGAGCAGACAUGUUUAAAUACUUGGGAAAAUUAUUGGCAUGGAAAAGUAUGGGAGCUAAAGAUUUACUUUGCAGAAUCUGUUUGAUUUCUGCUAUAUCCAGUGCAUUUUUCACUAAUGAUACUUCUUGUGUUGUGUUAACUGAGUUUGUAGUUAAAAUUGCUAGGCAACAAAAUCUCCCACCUCAUCCGUUCCUUUUAGCUCUUGCCUCGAGUGCAAAUAUUGGAUCUUCAGCAACUCCUAUUGGAAAUCCUCAGAACUUAGUUAUAGCAGUACAGAGCAAAAUAACAUUUGGGAAGUUUUUAUUUGGUAUACUUCCUGCAAUGCUAGUUGGAGUUGUUGUUAAUGCUCUAUUGUUGCUUUGCAUGUAUUGGAAUUUGUUGUCUGUUAACAAGGAUGUAGAAAGUGGUGCUGUAAAAUUAGUUGAAGAUGAAGUAGUAGUCUCUCAUCCCUUUUCGCCAGCAACUAUGUCACAUGUUAAUUCAUUAGAUUCUCAGGAACAGUUUUCGGUUGAACCAAUGAAUACCAAUGGUCUAAUAAAUCAUGCUGAAACACUUGACAAUCGCGCGAAAGAUUCAAAUGAAGUACCAAAUGAUGGAUCACUUCAAAUGAGGGACAAGAAUGUUUGUUUGAAGACUGUCGAUGGAUGUGAAGAUCAAAACUUCACAAAGGAGAAUUUGGCUGCGAUAAGGAAAAGAUUGUUAUGGAAAAUAUGUGUUUAUUUGGUUACAAUUGGAAUGUUAAUAUCGUUGUUGAUGGGUUUGAAUAUGUCAUGGACUGCUAUUACAGCAGCACUUGCACUUGUGGUUCUUGAUUUCAAAGAUGCCAGACCAUGCUUAGAAAAGGUGUCCUAUUCUCUGUUGAUAUUCUUUUGUGGUAUGUUUAUCACAGUUGAGGGCUUUAACAGAACAGGGAUUCCAAGUGCUUUCUGGGAUUUUAUGGAACCAUAUGCCAAAAUAGAUCAUGCUGCUGGUAUAGCAGUUCUUGCUGUUGUCAUACUACUCCUCUCAAAUUUGGCUUCAAAUGUGCCUACUGUUCUAUUGCUUGGAGGGCGAGUAGCAGCAUCAGCAGCAGCAAUAUCUCCAGCUAGUGAGAAGAAAGCAUGGCUCAUAUUAGCCUGGGUCAGCACUGUGGCUGGGAACCUUUCACUAUUAGGCUCUGCAGCAAACUUGAUAGUAUGUGAACAAGCUCGUCGCGCUCAACCCUUUGGCUACAAUCUCUCUUUCUGGAGUCAUCUCAAAUUUGGAGUUCCCUCUACUCUAAUUGUUACAGCUAUUGGUUUGACACUUAUAAGAGGAUGAAAUCUGUAUUUUUAGUAUGCUUGUGACAUGGUGAAACUAAAAGAAGACUAUUAUGUAUCAAAUGUAUAGAAGACUAUUUCAGAUUAAGUGCUGACUUGACUGAGUUGCUUAAUUCAUAAAGUUUUUUCAAAUAAUCAAA